AUGGCCACUACCGAGGAACCAAAAAAGAACUUCGUCCAGAAGCCAGAGAAGCCGGACCAGGCAGAGUUCGAAACGAACUUACAGAAGGCGAACGACGAUCAUGCCGCGGUACGGGAAAAGCUGAACUCCGUGAAGCAAAAGCUUGAAUUUAUCAAGUCGCCCGGAAAGUCUCCCCGCCAGCAAGAGCUCCGAGACCAACUCAAUGAACUCCGCGCUGCGCAGCAGGCUAAGAAGGGUGGAAGGGCCCAGAUCGAUGAGCAGAUCAAGGCUCUUGACACCUCAAUCAAGGCCAGGAUCAAGGAGCAGAAUACUUCAAUGCAGAAGAUGCCCUACAGGACACUCGAUGAGCUUGAGGACGCCAUUAAGCGCUUGAGCGCUAGCGUCGACAGCGGUAAAAUGAUGAUUGUUGACGAGAGGAAGGCGCUUGCGGAGAUUUCGUCUUUGAAUAAGGUCAAGAAGAACUUUGGGGCUUUCAGCGAGGUUCAGAAAACCAUUGACGCCGACAAGGCCAAGUUGGAUGAACUAAGGCAACAGAGGAAAGACCCCGAAGUCCAGGAAUUGAGCGACAAAUACGAGGCCGUUAAGAAGGAGCUUGACGAUCUCAAGCUUGAGCAGGACGCUGCUUUCUCCAACCUGAACCAACUCCGCGAUGAGCGUACCCAGUUGCAGGAGGAACAGCAGGAAAAGUGGCAGGCAAUUCAGACGCUCAGAGAUGAAUACUUCAGUGCAAAGAAUGCAUACAGGGCGUACGAGCAGGAGGCCUGGAAGAUCAAGAGAGAGAAGAGGGCCAAGCAGGAGAGGGAAGCCAAGAUUGCUUAUAGACGACAGAUUGCUCAGGAGAAGAUGGAGCAGGCAUCGGAGAAGGCCUACACCUCCGAGAUCAUUACUUGCGAAAGUCUUAUCGGGUUCUUCGAUCCCUCUUCCGCCGAAGCUGCCCGUAAGGCCAAGCUUGAAUCUGGCCCCCGCGCACUUGCUGCGCAGCCUACUCGCUCUGUCGACGCCUCGGCUAUCACCGGUAAGAAGCUCGCCAAGAAGGAAGAUCGCGAGGACGAUUACUUCAUCGGUGGUAAUGGAAAGAAGAAGGGAAAGAAGGGCAGAAAGGAUGCGGGUGCUACUACUAUCACCUCACCUGAUGCCGAGUCUCCAGCUGCCGAGUCUCCGGCUGCAAAAUUCAACUUGAAUGUCGGUGUUCUCGAAGAAUUGGCAAAGGUUGAUGUUGAGGUCCCUAUGGGUAAGGACGAUGUUCCCAAAACCCUGGAGAAGCUCAGGGAGAAGUUGGCCUGGUACAAGGAGAACCAAGAAAUCAAAACUAAAGAGAACAUUGCCAAGGCCCAGAAGGAGAUUGAUCGCCUCGAGGCCGAAGCCGCCAAAGAGGAUGGCGAGGAAGCUAGCGGUAGCUCCACUCCAAAGAAGGCCGAUGUUGAGGUCAGAGAGGAGAAGGCUGAGUAG